UCUGCUCCAUCUCUGGUUUCAUGCUUCAUACUUGACCUAAAGAUAAUUGAGGUCAUCAUCCAUUAGUAAAACAAAGAUUUGUGGAGAAACGUGGAUUAUUGGGCUCAGAUCUUGAAUUUUGGUUCAGUGGCUAGCAAGGAUGAAGUUUAUGAAACUUGGAUCGAAGCCGGAUUUGUUUCAAUCCACCCGUGAAAAUACACGGUACAUAGCAGGUGAUCUCGCUACAGACAUGCUUGUAAAUGUUGGUAACAUCAAGUUUUAUCUACACAAGUUUCCCCUUCUGUCCAAGAGCGCUCGUUUACAGAAGAUGGUUUCAAUUUCUAGUAAUGAAAGCACCAAUGAGGUCGAACUCCAUGAUAUACCUGGUGGACCGGCGGCAUUUGAGUUAUGUGCAAAGUUUUGCUAUGGUAUGACAAUCACGCUCAACGCUUAUAAUGUCGUGUUGGCUAGAUGUGCAGCAGAGUAUCUAGAAAUGCACGAAACUGUAGAUAAAGGAAACCUCGUUUACAAAACAGAAGUCUUUCUGGAUUCGAGCAUUUUCAGAUCCUGGAAAGAUUCGAUCAUCGUUUUCCAAACUACGAAGUCUCUUCUUCCAUGGUCAGAGGAACUGAAGGUUGUGAAUCGUUGUCUAGAUUCCAUAUCCAUGAAAGCUUCCAUGGAUCCCUCUAGAGUUGAGUGGUCUUAUACUUACAAUAGAAAGAAACUGCCAUCUGAAAACGGCAAUGAAUCGCCACUUUAUAACGGUGUUAAGAAACAGCUUAUGGUUCCGAAAGAUUGGUGGGUCGAAGAUUUGUGUGAUCUUCCUGUUGAUUUGUAUAAAAAAGUCGUAACCACGAUCAGAUCAAAAGGAAAAGUGAGCAACGAUGUUCUUGGUGAAUCUUUAAAAGCUUAUAUGCAUAGGAGGUUGAAGAAAGGUAGCCGAACAAGUGGGGAUGAUGUAAAAAACCGAUCUUUGAUUGAAACAAUCAUUUUUCUCCUACCCACAGAAAGAAAUAACGUUUCUUGCGAUUUGAUGAUUCAAUUGUUGCAAGAAUCUGUCCGUUUAGGGUGUGGGGAAACACGAAAGAACGAACUGGUGAAACAGAUUGGUGAGCAACUGCAGAACACAUCGGUUGCUGAUCUUGUGGAUCUUGAUGUCGAUUUGGUUCAAGAGCUCGUUAAGAUCUUCAUGAUGCAGGAUCAGAUUGCUGAUGAUGGUGACGAACACGACUUCUUAGAGGUCAAAUUUGUUGACUCUGCUGCCAAAGUCAAAGUGGCGAGGCUCGUCGAUUGUUACCUUGCUGAAAUUGCAAAAAAUCCAGAUUUGCCGUUAUCCAAGUUUGCUGAUCUUGCAGACAUGGUGUCCACUCUAUCUCGACGUUCGCAUGACGGAAUUUAUCGUGCGAUCGACAUGUUUCUUAAGGAACACCCUGGGAUCAGCAAGAAUGAGAGAAAAAGGGUUUGCAGAUUAAUGGAUUGUAGGAAGUUAUCGGCAGAUGCUUGCAUGCAUGCCAUCCAAAACGAACGACUCCCUUUACGUAUCGUGGUACAGAUCCUGUUCUUCGAGCAAAUACGAGCAACGAUGGGUGCAGGCGGGUCCCAAGGGAGCUCGAGAUCCACAAUCACGAAUACAGAAGAAGAAUGGGAUUCGCUUCCAACAAGCGAAGAACUCAAAGGGGAAUCAAGGGUAAGAGAUGGUAGGAAGCAAAAGGGGAAGGGGAUGGUUAUGUCGACAAGGAUAUUAUCGAAGCUGUUUUCGAGCAAAGACAGUGAUAACGAGAGUUCCGACACGGCCGAGAGUCCGCGUUCGACAAAGUCGAUUACGCGCUCAAAGAGUAGGCGGCAUUCGGCAUCCUAGAGGGCGUGUGUGUGUAAUUUCUAGCAGUUUGUAGGAUGUUAGACAGCAGCCACAUAUUUACAAGGGAAGUGUGGUACAAAAGAGCGAGAUAAGAAGCAUGUUUUAAAUGAAUAAAAAUCAUCUGCUA